AUGGAGCUCAUGGGAGAGGAGCAGGACCAUGCGAUACGAAAGGGGAAAACGACCGCUCCUAGUUGUGCAAAAUGGUGCAGCCGUGUUAUCAUCCAAUCCAUGGAAGCAUACUUUUAUCGGCAUGGGUACGUGGUGUCGAAAUGGCCUUUUCUGGUCAUUUUCCUCUGCUUGGUGAUGACGUUCGUGGGUGGAAUCGGUCUGAGGAAUUGGAAAACGGAGACGAGACCGGAAAAACUCUGGAUUCCAGACACUUCUCAAUUCAUCCGGAAUACGGACUGGAUCGGCAAGAAUUUCCCUCCGCAGUUCCGAUUCCAAAAGGGGAUCUUCCUGGGAUCCUCUAACGUCCUCACCUCCGAUGCCCUGCUUCAGAUGCUCAAGAUUCAUCGCAUCGUGACAAACAUCAGCGUAGGAGGACUCGGCUACGAGGACCUAUGCGCAAAGCUGCCGGUAAUCCCGUCCGAAUGGGAAGAUAUGGAAGAUCAGCCUCGCAUUUCAAAAUCAAAGCGGGAAGCAAAUCCAGCUGACUUCUUCGACCGGAACAACUCCAGCAGCGACUCCAACUGGGACAACUCCACCAGCGACUACGAUUACUACGAUCUCCGCGAGGAUGUCGCCCCGGGAGGCCCUCCAAGAGGCGACGCGUCGCGAAGUUUCUUCUGCUCCAUUCUACCGACGUUGGACCGCGUUUGUUGGAUGGAGAACUUGCUGGAACUCUGGAACUUCGACGAGACCCGAAUCCAGGCUUUGAGCCCCGACGAAAUCUUGUCUGCCAUCAACACGGUCAAAAUCAGCCCUGUGCUCGGCAGUGCAGUGGAUUACACGCAAAGCCUGGGUGGCUUAAGUCGAAAUUCAUCCGGUCACGUGACGUCAGCGACGGCGGUUCACUUCACCUGGACUCUCCAGGUGAAUCUAUCUGGAAUCAGCCCCGAGGUUCAAGAGGAAACUUCCAUUUUGGACACUGCCGCAACGGAGGAGAUAAAGGCGUGGGAGGCGGAGUUCGUUCGAGUCCUGAAGGAACUGAGCUCGUCGGGAUCGGGAAGGGACUGGGAGUUCUUCAUGGAAGCGGCCGGAAGUUUCAACGUGGUGGCCCAGGAAGCCAUCAUGAACGACGCCCUGAUGCUCGGCGUCGGAUAUUCCAUCGUCUUCCUUUACGUCGCUCUCUGCCUCGGCAAACGAGAUCUCGUCGGGUUCAGGGGCUACUUGUCGAUCCUGGGGACGGGCAGCGUGGGACUGAGCAUCGUGGUGUCCUACGGCGUCUGCCAGACGUUGGGCAUCUUCUACGGGCCCCUUCACAACGUCCUCCCGUUUUUGCUGCUCGGGCUGGGGAUCGACGACAUGUUCGUCAUCGUCCAGGCGUACGACACCGCCGAGAAGAUCGGCGGGGAAGCGUGGAGGGAAAAAUGCGUGCACGAGAGGAUGGCUUCCGCGUUGAAGGACGCCGGCGUCGGCAUCACUCUCACUUCUCUCACAGACUUCACUGCCUUCAUCAUCGGGACCUUCACGACGCUACCAGCGCUGCGCUCGUUCUGCAUUUACGCCGCCGUCGCCAUUCUGUCACUGUACGUGUUCCAGGCCACGUUUUUCGUGGCCUGGUUUUCUCUCGACCAGAGACGAAUCGACCGGCGUCUCGACGCCUUCAUCCCCUGCUACCGACACGAGUCCGACCGUAAGCCUUCCUUCCUAUGCUCGACCGUGGACGUGACGGACCUCCUCUUCCAUCGCUACGCGGACUUCCUCCUCGAGACUCCCGUUAGGAUCUCGGUCUUGGUGGUCACUUUCGUCGUGCUGGCCUUCAACGUUUGGGGUUUCGUUCUCCUGAGACAAGAUUUUCGGCCCGAGUGGUUCCUUCCUCCGGAUUCGUACCUCUUUAAGUACUUCAACGCCACCAAGUCUCUCCUCGAAAACAAUAGGAACAAGGCAUUCUUAUUCCUGGGCCCGAUGAACUACGGAGAAAAAUUCCCGGAUAUCCUGAACAUACUGAGUGCGCUGAGGAACGAGAGUUCCCACAGGCUGCACCUAAGCACCCGAAACCGGAAGGUUUUGACCGACCUUCACCUGGAAAAGCAGAGGCUGGGGGAGGAAGAAAUGAUGGGGAAUCUGUCGGACUUCUUCUGGAGCCCUCGGGGGGCUAAGUACCUGUACAGUCUCCAUUUCUCUGGAGCCGAACCCGUCUGCGACGAGCCCCUUCCACCCAUCUCCGCUUCGAGUCACGAGUUGAAACACGUGAGGAUGACGAGGACGAAGGAGAAGACGGAAGCCCUCCACCGCAUAUAUCAUCUCACCGACAGCUCACCGCUCGCUCAGAAUGAACAGUUCGUGGGGGCGUUUUCGCGGGAGUAUGGCACGUGGGAGACGAACGGGAUCAUACGAUGGGAAUUGUAUCGAAACCUGGGUCUGGCCAUGAUCUGCGUCCUCGUCACCGUCCUUGUCCUCAUCGCUGAUCUCCUUGCCUCUUUUUAUGUCCUCGUUUGCGUCCUUUUCACCCUAGUGGACCUGUUGGGGCUGAUGUACUGGUGGGGGCUAACGAUAGACACGGUGUCGUGCGUGAUCGUGGUGCUUGCCAUCGGCCUCAGCGUGGACUACUCCGCCCACGUCGCCCACACCUUCAUGGUGUGUCGAGGAACGAAGGGUCACCGAGCCCGAGAGACCUUGCUCAGGAUCGGCACGCCCGUCUUCCACGGAGGGUUCAGCACCUUCCUUGCCUUCCUCCUCCUUGCCCCCUCGCAGUCUCAUGUCUUCAGGACUUUCUUCAGGAUCUUCUUCGGAGUGGUACUGUUCGGUCUGUACCAAGGCCUCGUGUUCCUUCCGGUCCUUCUCAGCUUCAUCGGUCCUUCUGCCUAUGAGGAUGACUGCGAAGCCUUUCAGGGAACGCCUCAGAUCAACGGAGGAUUCGUUCCCGACCUCAUCCCCAUACAAGGAAAGCAAGUAGAGGAGGGAGGUAGGGUAUUCAAGAUCCCCGAGGCGAAAUUGAAGAGAUCUCAGUCGUUGGCUGAGCCAUCCUGCAAGUCUUCGAGGGCCUCGACGACGGUCCGCAAGCCUUCGCUCCGAGACCGAAAGACUCCCUGCACGUUACCAAGCAUUCCUCCGCCGGACUACACGCCAGUGUUGCCGAAACGGACUUUCACCCUUCCACCGAGGUAGGGGAGACAAGGGGAACAGUAGGACGAUUUAGUAAAAUUUCAAAUGCAGUUAGAGUUCCACUGUAUCCCUCUCCCCAGGUACAGUAGCAAAAGCGAUCGAGUGACCCGAGCAACACAUACAUGGAAAUAACGUCCAUGCGACGUCAUUUAGCUCAAGUCACGUUGCAGCAACGUUGCAUGGACAUCAUGUGCUGCUUGGGAUGUGGAACAAUCCCUGAUUUUUAUAAAUUAAAAAGGAUGUCUGUCAGUUACUGCUUCUUAUCUUAUCAUAUCUUACUGCUUACAUUCAGCAUGAAAUGAAAUAUAUU